AGAAGCACGUCCUCCUUUCCUUGUGUUUUGGAUGCUAGGGAGCAGAAAGGUGGGGUCAGGGUGGAGGGAGUCUGCAGGUCUCCUGAGUUCAAAUUCUAAAGGAGGAAGAGCUCUAAAGCUGCCUCUGUUACUGCUGCAGCCAAGGCAAGGGGGAGGGGGUGUGUGCUGUCUGUGUUCUGCCAGCUUGCUGAUGCUUCUUCCAUGUUUUGUAGGUGAUCUACAUGCUUCUUCAGGUUCAUAUGCCCAAAGAAAACUGGCGAUAAACAAGGCACGAUGAUAGUGACAGUUUAGAUUUCUCUAAUGAUGAGACAUUUUGAAAAAUUUCAGACCAGGUUUGCAGUGCUUUGAAAAGAAAGAGUGUUAGAAUCCUGGAGGAGCUAUUCAAAGAUUUUUCUUAAGAGGGAAGAUUCUCUUAAGGGUAAAAAUCUGAAAGGUUGGGGGUGAACUGUAGCAGAUCUCGAGGCUUUGGACCCCUGGGAAGGCCUGAAAAAUGUAUGCACUUCAUCAUGAUGACGACAUCUGGGUCAAGAGGUGACUCCAGCAGGAAUUCUGAAGAGCCACAACGAUGUGACAAAGAAUAAUGAGUAGUACCUACUGUGGCAACUUUUCCGCUAAGAUGAGUGUCAACGAAGUAUCAGCUUUCUCAUUGACCCUGGAGCAAAAAACUGGCUUUGCUUUUGUUGGGAUUCUGUGUAUCUUCUUGGGACUUCUCAUUAUCCGAUGCUUCAAAAUCCUCUUAGACCCGUAUAGCAGCAUGCCUUCCUCUACAUGGGAAGAUGAAGUGGAAGAGUUUGAUAAAGGGACAUUUGAAUAUGCACUUGCCUGAAUUCCAGUGUUGCAGUUCUUAGCAUUAUGCCAUUGGAACACAUGGUGGAUACAGUUGUCGUUGCCUAGAACGUAUCUAAGAAGGGCCUGUUUCAUUAGUUGACUUCAAUAAAUGUGUGUGGUUAAUUUAUC